CUCAGUUUCCUAGUGCGCGCGUAGCCUGCCUAGCCACCCGUGCCGUGCAUCUCUAUUCUCUCCAGGUCUCAAGCGUACGUACGUCGCGAGCAGAUGGGCGCCGCUGUCAUUCCUCUCCUCGUCUCCGUACUACUCGUCGUGGCGGCGGCGCGUGCCCCGGCGGCGUCCGCGGCGCCGCGGGCAUUCUUCGUCUUCGGCGACUCCCUCGUCGACAACGGCAACAACAACUACCUCCUCACCACGGCGCGCGCCGACGCGCCGCCCUACGGCAUCGACUUCCCGUCGCACCGCGCCACGGGCCGCUUCUCCAACGGCCUCAACAUCCCCGACAUCAUCAGUAAUACUACUACAAUACACUCCAUGCCUCCAUUCGCCAUGCAUGCAUCUCAGUUUCAGAUAGGAAAAUGCUGCUCCGUUGAGCUCGAACUGGAGCACGGCAUGUCACGUACUGACGCCGUCGUUUCAGGUGAGCACCUCGGGGCGGAGCCUGCGCUGCCGUACCUGAGCCCGGAGCUCCGAGGGGCGAAGCUUCUCGUCGGCGCCAACUUCGCGUCGGCCGGCGUCGGGAUCCUCAACGACACGGGAGUGCAGUUUGUGAACAUAAUUAGGAUGGGGGAUCAGCUGCGUUACUUCGGGGAGUACCAGCGGAAGCUGAGGGCCUUCGCCGGCGAGGAGCAGGCGGCGAGGCUCGUCAGCGGUGCUCUCGUGCUCAUCACGCUGGGAGGCAACGACUUCGUCAACAACUACUACCUGGUGCCCAUGUCCAUGCGGUCUCGCCAGUACACGCUCCCCGACUACGUCCGCUUCAUCGUCUCCGAGUACAGGAAAAUCCUCGCGAGGCUGUACGAGCUGGGGGCGCGGCGCGUGAUCGUGACGGGCACGGGGCCGCUGGGGUGCGUGCCGGCGGAGCUGGCGCAGCACAGCAGCAACGGCGAGUGCGCGGCGGAGCUGAACCGCGCCGUGGACCUCUUCAACCCGCAGCUGGUGGACAUGGUGCGCGGCCUCAACCGCGACGCCGGCGCCGACGUCUUCGUCUCCGCCAACGCCUACCGCGCCAACUUCGACUACCUCGCCAACCCGCAGAGCUACGGGUUCACGAACGUGAAGGUGGCGUGCUGUGGGCAGGGGCCGUACAACGGGAUCGGGCUGUGCACGGCGGCGUCCAACGUGUGCGCCGACCGGGAGGUGUUCGCCUUCUGGGACGCCUUCCACCCCACCGAGCGGGCCAACCGCAUCAUCGUCGGCCAGUUCAUGCACGGGUCCACCGACUACAUGCACCCCAUGAACCUCAGCACCAUACUCGCCAUGGACCAGCUGCAGGAGGGUCCUCUUUAGCUAAUUACGAGUGCUAUUAAUUAAUCAAACAAUACUCCAGAGCAGUGUUGCUCUCUCGGUCAACACAACAGGAGGUUAUCUUGCGUGGACCGUCCUGGCGUUUGAUCUCAAUCCUCAGUUAGGAGCACUAUUAAUAUAUUUUUUGAGUUGGUACUAUUAAUCCUCCUCAUCGAUCGAUGUCACAUGUGCCUAAUACUUUGCUCGUAAGGACAGGGGGUGCGUAUGUGCGUUCAUAGGAGUAAGUGUAUUUAUG